AUAAAGGUCAACUCAAACCGGUGGUAACGAAACAAUCAAACAUAUACUUAUAUGAUUACAUUACAUUAUUAGGAGGAACUCGAUCAUCAUCUUCUUCUUCCUUUAUUCUCCAUGGGAAAGACUCGCCAACCGUAUCUCGUCUUCCUCUUCUUCUUAACCACUCAAGCCAUAGCUAAACAAACCACCGGUUCGGUUAAGUGCCAGGCCGGUUCGCUGCGUUAUCCAUUCGGUUUCGCCGACGGUUAUCCGAUCCGAUUCAACUGCUCUAAGAUAACCGGAGAUGCGGUAAUCGGCGAAUUCGCGGUACAGGAAGUAACCAAUACCAACAUCUACGUCACGGUCCCGCCGGUUUGCAAACGCAAGAUCGGUAAAAUAGGACAACUCUCCCAAGAAAACAUGGCUCCGUCGUAUUUACAGAACAUAAUUCUCGUCCAAGGAUGCAAGAAGGAACAGUCGUAUAAUUGUUUAAUCCGCCGUAAAUUCGUAGAGGAUCGGUUAAAUAUCAGCAGAUGCAAAUCUCCGGUUACUUGUCUCGACGGGGUCACGACGACGAAUACAACAACUGCCGCCGAUGUGAUGAGUAUUGGAGACGUUUUGAACCGAAGUGGAUGUAAGUAUUGGUUCUCUUCGAUUACGCCUGAUUCCAAGAAUACUAAAUCGGAUAUUUCGUUCAGUUUGGGUCGGCUCAAGCUUGAUUGGUGGCUUCAGAAAAGUUGUAAUAAGGCUAACUGCUCGGAGAACGCUGAUUGUACGGAUGUCAAACUCGCCGACGGUGGAUUCGGUCAUCGCUGCACUUGUCGUGAUGGAUUUACCGGUGAAGCCUUCACCGUGCCUGGCGGUUGCCGCCGAUUAGUUGCCAAACACAGAGGACUACGCAAGCUCGUGGUUUUUGGUACUGCAGGGGUUUUGGUUGGAGUUUUAGUACUGGCGGUCUUGAUGUUUACGUAUAUCUUCCGACACAAGCGAUCUGCGUCAUUGACAACAACAUCAUCAAUCGCGAAUCGCUUGCUUUGCGAGCUAGCUGGAAACUCCAGUGUUCCUUUCUAUACCUACAAAGAGAUUGAGAAAGCUACUGAUAGUUUCUCUGACAAGAACAAGCUCGGAACUGGAGCAUAUGGAACAGUUUACGCUGGCGAGUUCCCAAACAGCUCAUGGGUCGCUAUAAAACGUCGACGUAAAGACACUACGAGCAUUGACCAAGUCGUGAACGAGAUCAAGCUUCUUUCCUCUGUGAGCCACCCGAACCUAGUCCGUCUCUUAGGUUGUUGCAUCGCCGAUGGAGAACCGUUUCUAGUCUACGAGUUCAUGCCAAACGGAACGCUUUCUCAGCAUUUACAACACGAGAGAGGCCAAACACCGCUUUCUUGGCCGCUCCGUCUCGCCAUUGCGUCUCAAACCGCAAACGCAAUCGCACAUCUCCACUCUUCAGUAAACCCUCCUAUCUACCACCGGGACAUCAAAUCUAGCAACAUCCUCCUCGACUUCGAGUUCAACUCCAAGAUCUCGGAUUUCGGACUCUCUAGGGUCGGCAUGUCCACCGAUUUCGAAGCAUCUCAUAUCUCCACGGCUCCGCAAGGCACUCCAGGAUACUUAGACCCUCAGUAUCACCAAGAUUUUCAGCUCUCGGACAAGAGCGAUGUGUAUAGCUUUGGAGUUGUUCUCGUGGAAAUCAUCUCAGGAUUUAAAGUCAUAGACUUUACUCGUCCCUACACCGAAGUGAAUCUAGCUUCUCUUGCCAUCGACAGGAUAGGAAGAGGGCGUAUGGUAGAUAUCAUCGAUCCCUGCUUAAAAACAGAAAACGAUCCGAAAAUGUUUGCCUCUAUCCACAACUUAGCUGAACUGGCCUUUAGCUGCUUAUCCUUUCAUAGAAACAUGAGGCCUACAAUGAUAGAAGUUACGGAAGAUCUCCAACGGAUUAAGCUUAUGUACUUUGGUACAGAGUCAAGGAAGUCCAAAAACCGAUAUGAAGAGACAUGAUCAUCUCCCAGUGUGUGAAAUUCGCUCCAGGAGAUUAGAUUAGUUCAGUCUUCUUUUCUUUUUUUUGUUCCUUGUGUAUGAAGUAAAACUCUUGAGGGAACCCACAACAUGGAAAAAAAAAAAAAAACCUUCUCGACGUAGUAUGGGCUAUAAUAUUGGGCCAUUUCAAUUCUACAGAGGUCCUCCGAAGUGGGCCUUGAGAAAUUACAAUGUGACACAAUAAGCUUUUGUAAGUGUUUCGAAAAGCAUUACAGUAAAGUACUGUAAUUAAGGAAGGAUCGUAUAUGGUCAGUGGAAGAUACGCAGCACAUAGUCCAACUAAUUCACGACAGCUCAUUGCUUCCAUUUGUCAGCUUAUCCGAAGCCGACCAUUUUGAAGACUUUAGUUUUAAAUUACUUAUCUUAUCGGUGGUAUUAAGUUAAA